GAGGUUAUGUUUAUAGGUUAUGUGGUUGUAUUUUUUGGCGACGUAAAUUUUCUUUAUGGUUAACACGUGGAUUAUUUCACGUGUUUCGCAGUAAAAAAUUAGUUUUAUAUUUUAACAAAUAUCAGCAUCAAAAUCGUGAUGUCAUGAAGCCCCCAAAAAUUAAGCAAAAAAAUAGUGAAACAAGUAAUGGUGUUUCAGAUAUGAAAUUUAGUGCUAUGGAGAACAGCAAUGUUAAUGAUUACAAUUCUAAUGCAAGAAACGAUGGAAACAACAGGGCUGCAGAAGAUGAGCUGAAGCGGUCAAAGUCUGUAAAGCAAAUGAUAACAUCGUACCAACAACAGCGACUUACCAUUAAAGAGGCCCUGUGUAAUCUUGAUAGAACACCGAGUAAUAAAAUUGUCUUUGAUGAAGAUAGCAACAUAGAAAAUAAUGAAUUAGAAUAUAAUGUUACAGAAGUAGGGAAUAAAAAGUCACUUUUCCAAGAUGAUGACAGUGAAGAAGACAAUUUCAACUUUGAACCUAAUAAAUAUCACUUUACUAAUGAAGGACAAAAGCUCUAUGAAUUACAGUCAAAGUUUAAAGGUGACCGCAGAUUUCAACUUAAUGAACGUUUUCUACCAGAUAACAAAGAUUCAGAGCCGUGUAGUGUAAAUGAAGCAUGUUCACUAGAAGAAGAAAAGAAAAGUGAAAUUAACAUUUUAGAGCAAGUACUUGGAACAAAAUUACGUCCAAAGAAGCAAAAUUUGGUACCAAAAAGUUCACUUGAAAAGAAAAUGUUGAGGUUUGAUCCAACUCAGUCAAACCACGUCCAAUAUCAAAUUACGGCCCCAAACAAACCCAAUGAAGUGAAAAUUAAACAAACUCAUCAAAAUGAAGAAGAAGAAGAGGAAGUUCAACAGCCACUUGUUUCUAAAGAUGUUUUUUACCAAGUCGACAAUGAUUUGAAGAUCAGUCUUCAGUCUCAGCAGGAAUUUAGUCUGCUUAAACAGUUUGGUAAAGAUGAGGACAUGAAAUCCGUUGCUGACGUGGAAUAUGAACAGAGUGAAGAAAUCAUUGAAAAUCAACACAAGUUUGAUUUAAACAGCACUAACCCGUUUCGUUAUGAUUCAUCUGAUGAGGAACCAGACAGUUCGCAACACGUCGAGCCAGUAAAUGCGCAAGAAUCUGACAAAGAUAAUUUGUCAUUUCACUCUGAACCGUUCUUUUUUAAAGAAGACGAUUUUCGAUUCCAAGAUGGAUCCGACUUUAUCAAACGUGUUGGUUCUGAAAGAAAUGCGGCAUUUGUAGAACAAAGAAGAAACUUGAAACACAUUAUUAAAUCAAAAAUUAGAAAUAACAAUAGAAAAAGCAAUCCGUUUAGAAAGAAGUUAGGUGGAAAUAAAAAGAAAAAAAAUGUUAGGAUCAAAAAGGCGUUGAAAAGACAUUAAAAUCAAUGUAGAAAUCGAA